AUGAAGGUACCCCCAACAAUGCUAUUUUUAGAGAUUUAUCGAAACACUGUUACUCUUCGUACAUACAAUUGAAAACUUGGUGCUAUCUGGUCAGCAAUCCGCCAGGGCGGUUUUUGCAUUAGUGCAGCCAGAAUGCAUCGUCUCUCAAAAUUGGAAGCUGGUGACUUUCUCUCUGUAUACAAAGGUGUUCUUAAGGAGUACCCUGAAGUACUACAUGAGAUGGCUUCUGGAAGAUGCGUUGCUCUUGAGAUCUCUAUCACUAGUUCAACUCCAAACGGGGAUAGGCUAACUAUCGAGGAGGCAACAUCAAAUGUGCAACAGGCUUUUCGCGAAUUUGUUGGUCCCAUGGAUCCGGUU